AUGGAGGGUCUUCCGAAGUUUUCUGAUCUUCCCCUGAACAAGGGCGAUCCACAUCAUUCUGCAUGGGGCCUCUAUGGGAAAGGUGACCAACUGGGCUUCCUGAACCGUCUGACCGAUGAUGUGGUACUGGAGGCAGCCAAGGAGAUCAAGACAGGAGUUAGAAUCUCCCUGAACUGGCCCCUCGAUGCCCAAAAAGACAUCCCCUUCUUCGGCCGCCAGGUCUUCCACCAGCACAUGUACAACAAGCCCCCAAGAGUUGUCAAUGACGACGUGUGGACCUUCAACUCUCAAAGCAGCAGCCAGUGGGACGGACUCCGUCACUUCGCCUACCAGAAGGAAGCAAAGUUUUACAACGGCGUCACCAUGGACGACAUCCAUGCGGAGGGUUCUGUUGUCAACGGCAUUGGCGCAUGGUCUGAGAAGGGCAUCGUAGGCCGCGGCGUGUUGUUAGAUUUCCACAGCUGGAGACUUGAGAACAACAUUCCGUACGAGCCGUUCAAGACUGGGUCGAUUCCGCUAGAGCAACUCAAGGCUGUGGCGGAAGCUCAGGGGGUAAAGAUCAAGUUUGGCGACAUUCUCAUCAUUCGCUCUGGCAAGGCUUACGGAUACAUGGCUGCCUUUAGCGAAUUGAAAAAGGACGAAAUCGCAGCCUUGGCAAAAGUCAUGCCUCCCACUUUCUCAGGAGUCGAACAGAGCGAGGAGGUGCUGGAGUGGAUCUGGAACAAUUUCUCUGCUGUGGCGGGAGAUCAACCAUCGUUUGAGUGUUGGCCAACUCAGAAAGACUUCAUGCUCCACGAGGUCCUACUGGCCGGUUGGGGGUGCCCGAUCGGUGAACUCUUCGACCUGGAAGCUCUUUCGGAACACUGUAAGAAAGCUGGAAGGUGGUCGUUCUUCAUCACGAGCGAAGUGUGCAAUGUGCCUGGAGGUGUGGCAAGCCCGCCGAAUAUACUUGCGAUAUUUUAA